CAGGAGGAAGCAGAGCUUCCAAUUCCACUUAAGUCGGGACCAACAGUAAUGGUAGAUGCUGUUGGAACUGUGGUUGGCUGGCCAAAAGAAUUGGUGAUAUUUCCGACGACAAAGACUGAUGACUGAGGAGGAGACCAUUCCUAUCGAAUUUGAUGAAGCCAUGUUUGGACGUAAUGUGAGUACAUCGUUGUUGAGAGAGGAUAUCAUGCGCUGUAUGGAAAUGAGAGAGAUAGGGUCCAGGCAAAUUUUGGUUUACAUGGGUUACUUGUACAAGUACUUGAAGGAAACAAACAGGGCUGAGUAUGUGUCGUUUGUGGAUCCCAACAAAAUACCAGCCGCUCAAGAUGGCAGUACCUCUUCACAACACAUUGCUAAUCAGUUGAAAGCAUCAAACGGAGACAGCAUAUGCCUUAUCCCAUACAACACUGGUGGAGUGAGGACGUACCUUUGUAUGAGGGGUAAUCCAAAACGACCAACUUUCAAACAGUUGACGGGUAAUCUCAAACAACAAGGUUGUGUUGAAUGUGGAUACUGUGUCAUGCGGUACAUGAAGGAGAUUGUUGAAUGUGAGGAUCUACAGUUGGAGAGGAAGUUUGCAGGUUGUGUGAAGAACCAGUACUAUACGCAGACACAAUAUGAUGACGUGAGAAUCGAAUGGAGUGAAUUUGUGUACUCGUAUUUGAAGUGA